UAAUUUAAUUUGAAUUACUGAAACAAAUGAAUUAUACAUCUGUUUGCUGUGAUAACAUCAAUGAACGCCAACAAUUUACAAUUAUGGCAGAUUAUCAGGGGCCCCCAUCUGGGCACCUUUUUAAAAACUUUCUGGAUGCGCCUCUGGUACGAAACAACCAAAACUGCACAAGUACGAAAGGGCGCCAUGGCCAGCAAAUAAACACGCUGAUUUAAAAGGAGGAGGAUGAGACAAAGGAGGAAUAGCAGAAGGAAGAGGAGGAGCUGAAGAUUGAGGAAGAGGAGGUGUCCUGCUCAGUGGAGACCAGAGGAGAGGAGCGGCCGCCAUGUUAACCAAGAAGCCCGGAGCCUCGGUCCUCCCGACGGGCAAAUCGGGCGAACCCGUCUGCUCUCCUGGUCACAGCGCCUCUCAGACGACGUCGCCCAUCACCCUGCCGCCACUGCGCAACAACAACCACAACCCCCUGACGGGGGGUUCUAAGGUCACCAUGUCGGACGACGUCCAGCUCUCAUCUCAGUCACAGGUCCACAUCACCCAGCUAUAUGAGGAGAACUCCAACAAGCGUUCGGUCCUCACCACCCAGCCCAACGGCCUGGCUCCGCUGGGCUCCGCCAGGCCGGGCCUGCCGCUCCCCGACCGACAGACCUCAGCUUCUGAGUCCACCCACCAAGGCCGCCAGGGCAGCGCCACCUCCAACAAGUCUGCAGACGGCAAGCCAAAGUCCAACCCAAUGACGCCCGAAUUGGCCAUGAAGCAGUUCAUGUCCAAGUUGUCGUCGUUCGAACAUCACGAGGUGUUCAACUACCCUGAAGUGUAUUUUGUCGGCCAGAACGCUAAGAAGAGGUCAGGCGUUCUGGGUGGAGCCAACAACGGGGGCUAUGACGACGAUCAGGGGUCCUACAUCCAGGUCCCGCAUGACCAUAUCUCCUACCGCUACGAGGUCCUGAAGGUGAUCGGAAAAGGCAGCUUUGGACAGGUGGUGAAGGCCUUCGACCAUAAAACCCAGACUCACAUGGCUCUGAAGAUGGUCCGCAACGAGAAGCGCUUCCACCGGCAGGCUGCGGAGGAGAUCCGCAUCCUGGAGCACUUGAGGAAGCAGGACAAGGACUCGGGCAUGAACGUCAUCCACAUGCUGGAGCACUUCACCUUCCGGAACCACAUCUGCAUGACCUUCGAGCUGCUCAGCAUGAACCUCUACGAGCUAAUCAAAAAGAACAAGUUCCAGGGCUUCAGCCUCCCGCUGGUCAGGAAGUUUGCCCACUCCAUCCUGCAGUGUCUGGACGCGCUGCACAAGAACCGCAUCAUCCACUGUGACCUCAAACCAGAGAACAUUUUACUGAAGCAACAGGGGCGCAGCGGCAUCAAGGUCAUAGAUUUUGGUUCCAGCUGCUAUGAACACCAGAGGGUUUACACCUACAUCCAGUCCAGGUUCUACAGAGCUCCAGAGGUUAUUCUAGGUUCGAGGUAUGGGAUGCCCAUCGACAUGUGGUCCCUGGGCUGCAUCCUUGCUGAACUGUUGACCGGUUACCCACUGUUACCAGGUGAAGACGAAGCUGACCAGCUGGCCUGCAUCAUUGAACUACUGGGCAUGCCCAGUCCGAAGCUCCUGGACGCCUCCAAGCGAGCGAAGAACUUUGUGUCAUCCAAAGGGUACCCGCGUUACUGCACUGUCACCACCAUGCCUGACAGCACCGUAGUUCUGAACGGAGGACGCUCACGACGGGGGAAGGCACGCGGCCCCCCGGGCAGCAAAGACUGGAGCACAGCGCUGAAGGGUUGUGACGACCCACUCUUCCUGGACUUUCUUAAACAGUGUCUUGAAUGGGACCCGGUGCUCAGGAUGACACCGAGCCAGGCUCUGCGCCACCCCUGGCUUAGGAGACGACUUCCCAAACCUCCAUCCGGAACCACAACCGGAGACAAGACCUCCUCAACCAAACGAGGUGCCACCACUGAUGGUGCCAUUACCUCCAUCUCCAAACUUGCCCCCACCUCCUCAACCACCACCACCUCCUCUUCCAAAACUAGGACUAACUUAGCGGCCAUCACCGACGCCAACGGAAACAUCCAGCCAAGGACGGUUCUGCCCAAACUGGUCAGCUGAGAGUGAAUACACCCCAUCCGCUGUGGUGGGUGAUGAAGGCUGAGUUCAUGAGUAACAAGCCACACCUGAAUAAAACUGGUCUAUCCAGUUGUGAAGCGCAUUUGGUUAUUUAUUGCAUUGCUGGGCUGCGUUCAAGUGAAAUGCAGUUGUGGCAUCCUGACGUUGGAUUAUUAAAGCAAGCAAACUAGUGUCCAUGCUGGGAUGUUAACUGAAGGAACCCUGGGUGCAUUCAGACACCUCAAAUUCAUCUUAUCUGAAAAAGAUGAGAUGUUUUGAAGUUUGCGCAAAAGGACGGUAAAGUGAAAACACAUUGUGGGGCGGUUCAGACAAUCUGAAUACAUCACACUGCUUUGUAGCUCCAAACUCACAAAAACACAUCAGAAACAUGGUGCUGAUGGAGGGAACAAGGCUUUUUAAAAUAUUUUAUUAUAACAAUCUUUUUAGCUGAGUCAUAAAAUCAGUUUAACACCAAAAAGUAUUGAGUGACUUCAGUCUUACAUGUUUAUAUCUGCAGUUUUAGGGUUUCAGUUUUGUUGUCAACUGAUUGCACCAUGAGUCUUUUUAAUCCUAAAGCUGCGUCUGGGUUUUGGAUCAUUUCACUUUAGGGGGACUGUUAGACAGUGAUAAUUUCUUUAAUACAAAUCACAGCAUUAAAACUCCCUAAAGAGUGAUUUUAAACUACUUACUGUUAGCUGGCUAACAGAAUAAUUUAGCCAGUUUUAUAUCGUAUCAACUAGCUAGCCAUGUUAGCAUGCUAGCGUAGUGCCUGUUAGCUGGCUAACUGUUAACUAGCACAGAUUGAGUUAGUAAACAGCUCUAUAUUCUUGUUUAGCUGUAACAUUGAUACCUGAUUUUAUUUAACUAGCUAGCAGUUAGCCUAGCACACAUAAAUGAGUUAGCUAACUGUAACUGGCUCAAUUUUUACCUUCUUUAUCAGUCUGUUGGCUAGCCUUAGCCUUUAUAGCCAUAGCGUGUCAGCUCUCCACUGCCCGGCCUUAUCAUACUCAGACAGAAAGCCGAAAUGUUUCUGCUUUCUAUAAUUUAGUGUUUGAUUUCCAGGUUAUUGAGCAGGUGAAACAGUUGAGGACGGAGGGAGCCACUUGCAGAGGGUGGUUGUGUUUACAAGAACCGGCUUGUUCCCUUUGUAUGAAACCAAAUAUGAAUUUCAUGGGCACAACCAGGCCGAUGAAGGAGUAGUAACCUUAGAAGGUAAAAUUCAGUGGGGUUUAUUGACAAGAUAAAAACAAGGCCUCUAAUGAUAAAAAAUAUGAAUGUUUCUGCUGUGGAAAAUAGAAAAGUCUUUACUACACAUGUCUAAAAUAACUAGAAACUUCAAUAUCUGCUUUAAUGUAAAAAGAAAAAAAAAAAACAAUUUGGAUAAGCAAAUAAUGUCUGUGGUAAAAUUGUUUAUGUGGAUUUUAAAUGGGACCUGGUAUAAUUUGCCCCCCUAUGAGAUUGUUUCUCGUUUUCUGUCCCACAUUAAAUGUUUUAGAUGAUCAAAGAAAUUAUUAAUUUCUUAAUUUAAUCAACUGCAAUUACAAUUGGAAUAAGUGCUGAUUGUUACUGAAAUUGACCAAACAGAGCAAAGUAGAAACCUUAAAGAGACAGGAACUAAAAUAUUUUGAGGAUGAUUAAAGACAUUGUAUUAACAUUGGUUUUCAGUUUCAGUCUAUGUGUAAUUACUUUACUAAAGUGCCACAAUAGAAAUACAGCAGGAUAAAGCUGCCUAACAGGCCUCAUGUUACAUCUGGACCAGGAUAGUGAAGCUCCUUAAAAUAUACAGUAAAAAUACUAAUGUGCAGGGUUAAGCUGCAGUCAGUCAUUUUGUUAUGAUGACAGAAGAUGAGUGAAUUAGACUUUAAUGCAAAAGCUGCAUUUAAAAAAUAAAACAAAACUCACUGCCCAGCCAGCCAGAAUCAUGUAUGGAAUGACUUUUUAAUCAAAAACCUUUAAAACAGGAAAUUUUCAGAGAAUCUCUUCAGAAAAAAGAAAAAUUCUUUAUGAAAUACAAAUGGUUCAUAAAUUACAAAAAUGUGUUUUAUUUUUUUAUCGUUUAAAUUCCCAAUUUUCACUUUUUUGCUCUUUUUGCUUUAAAAUGUAGUAGUAAUAAUAACAAAUGUCAUCUGAAGGUGCUUUACAUGGCAAACAGAUUCAUUGUUUAUCACUUCAGUCAUACAGACAGAUUUAUUUAUAUACAUUCCAAUUUGAUCCUGGUUAUAAAACACUGUUAAGUUCAACCUAUUAUGCCAAUUGGCAAAACAUUUUCUUUUUAAGGAAACCCAGCCAAUUGAAUCCAGUCACUAACUUUGCAGGAUUCCCUCAUACUGAGCAGGCAUGUGGCAACAGUUAAGAGGAAAACUCUGAUCCAAGAAGCAGAAGCACAGGUCCAAGAGUUCUUCAUAUGUUAAAGAAAAGUCAUGGCAGCUGUAGCUCCUUUAGUGGCUUCAUCUAGAAGAGAAACCCAGCUAAACAUGAUUUAAUCGGCAUUUUUUUAUUCAAGUGUUUAAUUUUGAUUAAAAUGGCAUUCCAUACAUACUUCCUCCUCUGCAUUUUGUAAGAAAAGAUGAAGCGUUAUGAAAAGAAUACACAUUUUUAGAGAAUUACAAUGAGUGAAAAUAACUAGAUUUGGUUUCUUAAUUCAAUUCAGGUGUGUUUUCACGCUUAAACAUCUGGGUAAACACAUGGUAAUAAUAGUGACACCAGGUUCUAAUUUGUUUUUGGGCCUUUAGCUUGUUUCUGGCACCACCUGAAUUUCUAUCAGCAUAUGAAGGAACUCUUCUUCUAGAUCACGCUGUGACAGGGUCCAUAGAUUGGCUGCAGGAGCAUUAGAUUUGUAAUGAUUAAUGAUAUGGUUUCUGAUGUUGUAGGUGAACAAUAGAUCUGUGAUCAACCUUUAAUUCUGAUCUUUAGAAAUCAGUGUUGCUAAAUACAUCUGUCAGUGUGAUCAGGGAGGGGGCGACUAUGAGUAAAGCAUGUUAGAAGAUCUAAUUUAUUUGUCACAUUUUAAUAUUUUAAAAAUCUAAUCUAUGUAUUUACAGUGAAGUGCAGUUUUUACUGUAUACUUGAAUGCGUGUGUGUGUUUGUUUGUUGCAGGACAUGAGUGUGCAAUAUUCAAAGGUUUUCUUAAAGCUUGUUCCCUUACACAAACAAAAUUAUAUUAAAACACACACGGACAAAAACUGUAUCUGAACGCACUCUGAAAAUAAAGUCACAUGAGAAGGUGGAGGAUGAAGAUGAGGAGGAGGAUAAGAUUCCCAGGAUUGGCUGAACGGUGUUUGUUGACGUAAUGUAGCACACAGGAAGAGAGACAAUUAUGUGAUGCACAGGAGGAACUGACAACAAACUUGAUGCAAAUGCUCCGCCCAUCUCAGGGGAAGGAGGAGGAAAAUUAGAAAAUGGGGAGUUGAUUCUGUUUUGUUUUAAGUUUAGUUGAUUGUACUAAACGUUUUUUUAUGUUUUUUUUUUUGUUUGUUUGUGAGACGGAGUGCUGAGUCGUAACUUUGUGCCUUCAGUAUCUCGACGCCAUGCCACGCCCUCCCAACACACCCACACACAUCGUUACAAUUUCAUCAGAUCUGUUGCUAAUACGCUUAACCACAACCUGAAUCAGGUAAGGCAAGUUAUGCCAAGUCCUUUCCAAACAUAUUAACAUUAUUGCAAAAAUAUCAACAAUGGCUCGCUUUCCAUUCUCCAUGUUGUGUAGCCUGUAUUCUGUAGCCAGCAAGUAUCUUGAUCAUAAGAUAGUGUUUCAUAUGGCUAGAAAAACUGAAGAAAUGUGCUAUUGCUGGAAUUAUUGCAGCAUUUUCCUCUAAAUUUGGGAAAAGCAUCUAAACUUCAUGUUGGUUUUCACAAGUUUAAGCUAUUCAUGCUACUAUUUAGCUGAUUUGCUAGUUUUAUUUUAUCAGUUGAUAACCUAUUGGUGCCAAUGAGUUUUUUUCCAUUCACCACUGAAGUCUUGGAUUUAGGAAUGACGUCACAUAUAAAACAUUUCUAGUUGUCAGACAACCAGUGGGCUUUGUUAAUUAUCGUUUUCAGUGUUCAGGCCGAUAAAAAACCGAUUAAAAACUAAAAGCUCUACAUUCACCAUUUGUACAAAGUUUGCCUUCAGCUGGUGGCGUCUCAAAUGAAACGGAAACGAAUAAAAGACGCUACAUGAAUGUAAGAAUUGCGAGAGGAACCAUAUUUAUAAAAUGUAUUUCAGCCAUAUUGAAUUCUGAAGUUCAGGUUAGAGAAAGGCCUCGGACUAAGUCCUGCUAGUGGUGCGUUGUUUGUAACUCGGGUGCCAAAUUUUCCAAGUUUCCAGUCAGAAAUGCAACAAGAACGCCCCCUAAAGUAGUAUGAUCUGGCGUUUCAGUUGUCGAAAAAAAAAGAAAUCUGCUGAAACCUGUCUGUUGGUGUGGACUUUGUUCUUUCAAAAUCUGUUGAGACUAGUAGUGUAGUGUGACCUUAGAUUUUGCAACUUUUUCUGGUGUUAUUGGAAACUUUUACAGACCCUGACAUGAAACUCAUAUUAUUCUCAAUGAGAAACCUCUUCCUCAUCCCAAAGCACAGUUUCUCCUAACUCCAGUCACACUGCUCAGCAUCCAGACUGCAAACUAAUCCUGGAUACCAUUGAUGUUUUUUUUAUUAAUGUUUUGCUCCAUUUAGAUUCCUGACUAAUUUAUUUUCACUUAUUAUUGUUAGUAUUUUACUUGUCAUGCAGUGCCUCCCCUGCCUCGCUUGACUGCAUAUCACUGACCCACACAGAGCAAAAAGUAUUUCUCUUCAAAGCAUCUGGAGAAGCAAAAUUACAGGAGUUUAGCAAACAUCGUAUAAAUCCUUUAAAUAUGGCGGGCAGGCUGCUCUCAGCUAAGUAAUUAUAGUAAUUAAAGUAGAUCAUAGUAUCUCUAUUUGCUUCUACCAGUUACCACUGGAGAUACAGGAGGAGAGUUGGAAUUGUGACAUUAAAGACAGAGGACAGUUUAUUUGUUUUUUAAAAAUAUUUGGGGAAAUUUUUACUUACGUUCUUAUCAAGCGUUCGUUGCAACUGUGUGCAAAUCUAAAUGAUGAAAAUUAUGGAAUUAUGUCAUUUAGCGACUUUUUGGGCAGCUAAUGGCUACUUUUCCUAAUGAUGAGUUGUCCAGAGUGGGGCGGGCAGGUCAGAGGUCUUCAAUCAGCCCCAAGUUCAGAAUCCAGUAUGGCUGCCGUUUACCUAGAAUGUUCUCAACUCGCAUGCGGCGUCAUUCCCAAAUCCAAGCUCUAACUUCCAAGAGGAAUCGGCGUGAAUUACAAAUACUGACUUACAACCUCAAAUGAAACACCAUUAGUGUUAACCUAGAGCACAGUAGUCAUCCUGCCAUUUCUGACACUCAUAUUUGUAUUUUGCUAAACCCAUCUGUGGGCCUGUGCGAUGUUUACAGAUCCAGCAGAGGAGACCAAUGGCCCAACCACAGAUUGUAGCUUUUAACUGCUCUGCACUGACUUUAGCGUUAAGUGUUUGUGUGUGUUGGGACAAAGAGGGCGAGUUUAAGACAUGGCUGCACAAUGUACAGACACAUAUCAGCCAACUGUCAUUUGCUGUCGACAGGGCGAAGCUAACACUAGCCGUCUGCUGCACUGACGUUGGUUUUACAUAUUGAAGCUACCACUAGCCUACUGCUAACUGAAUGCUAGUAGCAAAUAGCAAAGGUUUUUCCUGCUAUCUGCAGCUAUGUUGAGCUCUUCAACGAAGUUCUCAUACAAGCUGUUGGUAUUAAUGUGGUUGUUUUUUAUGUUUGUACCUCAGAUUGCAUUACUGUUGUCAUUUAUAUGACUAACAUCCAGGGCAUUUGGUUUAAUCUACCAAAGUGCAUUCCUUUACAAAAGUAGCUAAAUGCUAGCUACAUCAGCAGUCACAUUUAGGCAGUCAGAGAGUAAGAAACAAGCAAAAAGACAAUAAAGAGAACACAUUUUCUUUUCUGUAAUAUGAAAUAUGUUUUAACUGACCUCUUGGUAGCACUCAGAUAACAUUUUUUGCUCAUAUGUGAAAACAGCUUUAGCCUGUAAGCCAACUAGCUCAUUAGCCAUUGGGCUUCUCUCAAGAAGUCUUCACAGCCAGGCGUUAGCGCAGGGCAACGCUGUGUUACUAUAUCGUUUGCCAGCUAGGUUUUACUGUUGAAUUUUUUUUUUAACAUUGUAAAUAUUGUGCUAAAGUGUUGGAAUAAAACAUUUUGGGGACGGGGAGGGUAUUCAAUGGGCUGUGGUGCCACUGCACGGCCAGUUUUACUUUGUACUGUAUCUGCUGUACAGAACACAGAUGUUGACACUUUUCUAGUGAGCCUUUGUUAAAUUUUAUUGUGGUGGAAAAAAUUAUUAAUAAAAUACUUUUAUUGUCA